ACUUCGCCUCCAUUGUCCGCUUUCAUCCGCUUCAUCGUAGGUGAACGAGUGGAGACUUGAUGCAGCCCAUCGUCAGCUGUAUUUGAUAAUGUGAUAUGGCAGGUGCCUUUGAAGUUUUUCGGGUAUGACAUCAUGUGUAAUUCCUUUGUUAUGUUGAUUUGUGGAAUGUGUGCAGCCUGCCUCACCUUAGGAAAGACAACCCUUUGUCUGCAUGCGUCAGUCAGCGUCCUCAGUGAAAGGCUGAUGACUACCCUCUGUUAAGGACAGAGGCGUGGUGGGGACCGGUGCUCAGCGCAAUUGGAAGCGGUUUCAUAAUAUGGCGAAACUCCCUCUGAUGUAUUGUGCGCCGGCAGAGAGCCAUCCUGCUCCUGACUCCUGAUCCCACACAUUUUUUCCCCAGUGUGUUUUUGUUCUUUAUCGCUAUACUCUAUCAAGUCUGUCUCCCUCUUUCUCUCUCUCUCUCUCUCUCUUUCUCUCAUUUUCACACAAGCAGACCCGGUUGACAUCCCGCGUCCGCUGAGGUUUGUUUAAUUAGCAAAUCCGUGCAAAUCCAACUAGGGCAUCUUGUUCUGAUUGGAGACUUCAUAUGUAACGUCCUUGCAGUGGAGGAGACAGCAGGCUUUCCUGGCUGCAAGUCAACUCACCGUCAAAAUGCUGCUGCUUUGAAUUAGCAUAGGUUUGAACCUCAUAUUAGUAUCGCAAUAACGCGUGAGAGAUGUGAUGCAACGUUAAUGUUCAAUUACAUGAGAUAGAGCUACAUUGUUAGUAGGCACAUAACCUUAACCGCAGUUAGUUUUCUUCAUCUUUCAACCGAUCCUUUAUGAUCUAACCAUAAUAAUCUAGUAUCAUUAUAUUUUGCCUAAUUCAAUACAUAUCCCAAUCUCUUCUCUUAUCUAUAAUUCUGUUAAAUAUCCCUGUACCUUAACCUCCAAAUAUGAAGGCAGGACAGAUGUUAUGCACAGAAGAACUUUUUGAAUCUCUUACCACGUGACACGGUCUGUUGACUGAACAACAAUAAUAUAGCACUGAUCCUUCCACGUGGCUGACUUCAACUUGAAGUUUACACAACAUCUUUGUGAGAGAUAACAAAAUGCAACGCGUCACUGUGUGCCCUCAAUAAUCAGCCACACGGGCCUAUCUGUCCAGAGACACGAGGCGACAGGAAGGCGUCCGUCUCGUUGGACUCUUGAGAGGGAGGGACCGACUCUGUAAUGUGCAGUGCGCUGAUAGUAGAAAGGUUCCUCCUUCCAGCUUUGUACUCAGAACACAGAUAAAAGCCUGUUUCUGAUCAAAGUGGAUGAACCUUGUCUAAAGUAGUCAUAUAUUGAGAUUCCUCUGUUUUUGCCUGGGAUCCAGAUGUUGGCAGUGGCACGUUUAAAGCAGCAGUGACUUUGAUAGUUGAGUGGCUUAUACAAAGGGCCCGCAUGUCAUUGGCCUUUCCCUUUGAAUCAGCCAAGACACUUAGGAUAAUCAUGACAGCUUUUAAUAGGCUCUUUGCCUUUGCUGUCCGGAUUGCUAUGUCGUUGAUUUGUAGGCUACAAUAUAUUUUCUGUAAUAUGAAUAUAAGUCUUGGAUUGUGUCUUGAUUGAGACAGAACAAAGCAGAGCAUCAGUGAUGCAUAUUUCUGUCUGUGGGAAGCAACCAGAGACUCACUAUGCUGUUUUCCAUGUGAUGUCUUGCCAUUUGAAAGUGAUUUUUUGAAACUUAUUAUCAUCCCAAGUUGUAUUCUCAAGUGUUUUUUUUCCACUAAGGCAAACUUCAGCCGCUCAGAAACCACAACACAGUCCAUGUCUAUGCUUUGUUAGAAAACAAACAAAUGAGCUUUGGAAUUCAGUGGGAAUUAUUAUAUUUUUCAAGAUUCAAUAUAGUGGAAAAGACACUCGCAGACAGACGCAACAAACCCAUUGAACCUGAGGAAUUAGAUUCAUGACUCAUGCAACCGAUGAAAUGACUUAUCCCUUCCCUCAAUGCUGCCUUUACAGAUGGCCAUUUCAUUUCAAUCCCAACAAGACUAAACAUACAUGACAUGCGUCACACAAAUGUCACAACAAUUGAUCUUAUUGAAAUCGAAUUGACGGUUAUCACUCAAUGUUCUGCGCAAUUAUUAUUAAUAAUUCAUCAUUAAGCUCUCUUCAGGAACCGCUGCUAACCUGUCUAAACGUGUCGUCUCAAGUCGAGUCAGUAUUUAUUUAGGGUGCACAAUCACACACGAGGUUUCAUGGAGUACCUUAGAGUAAACGAGAAUUGUAAUAAAAUCUCUGCAAUUGGGCUAUCAUGGAAGAUGCCGUCCUUGUUGUGUAAACCAGGUUUAAUAUUUGUGACACCACGUGAAGGCAGCCGUACUGCUGCGUCACGUUGGAAGAGACCAAUCGGAUGAAACUGAGUUAAAACACGCAGGCUCAAUCCAAGGAGUAGUGGGGGGGUUUAUAACUCACAUUUUCAAAUAAAUCCGGACGCAUCCUUACAUAACACAAUGUCUUCUAAGUAUAACAUAAUAAGGUAUAUUACUGCUAUCGCUUUAGCAUGAUUUACAAAGAAAUAAAUGAGAUUGCGACGCUUCGGUAACGUGUUGUUAUUUAUGGACUUGCUCGCUCCCCCCUCCUUUUGGUGGUUAUGGUUUCGACCGAUCCCUCUCUGUCAGUUUCAAGUGGCGCCUUCUCCUCUGCCGUGUGGCUCCGUCCUCAGCGAGCCUUAUACCUUCUUAAAUAAUACCACCAAUACUACGCCACUGUGGGAUUUUACGGGAAUAUCUGGAUCCACGCACGGGCAUGGAUUGAUUCCCGCCACGUACGAGUGAAUCACAAACGCACCGGGUUCAGAGAAUGAAGAUGCCUGAGGCUGGGAGUUAGAGCCCUCCACCAGAGAGAGCUUUUUCCAGGUCUGGGGCUGGACCCAGAGACCCCUGCCUUGUGGGGGGGUGAAGGACCCUCACAGCCCUGUGUGAGUCUGGAAUAUGGGGGAUGGAGGCGCCGGUGCAACUGGAGGAGAUGGGGUGAACAAGUCCCAUGUCCUGUUCGACAAGUUCGUCCAGGGGACCACGUUUAAGGGCACGCUCAAGGCCUUCCAGGAGCUCUGUGACCACCUGGAAGUCAAGCCCUGCGGGUACAGGGUCUUCUAUCACAAGCUCAAGUCCAAACUCAACUACUGGAAGGCCAAGGCGCUCUGGGCGAAGCUAGACAAGCGGGCCUACCAGAAGGAGUACAAGAAGGGCCGAGUCUGUGCCAACUCAAAGUGUCUGAUCAUUGGUGCGGGACCAUGCGGCUUACGCACAGCUAUCGAGCUGGGUUUACUCGGGGCAAAAGUGGUGCUGCUGGAGAAGAGAGACGCCUUCUCGAGGAACAAUGUGCUGCACCUCUGGCCCUUCACCAUCCAGGACCUCAGGGGCCUCGGGGCCAAGAAGUUCUACGGAAAGUUCUGUGCUGGUGCUAUCGAUCAUAUCAGUAUUCGUCAGCUUCAGUUGAUUCUGCUCAAAGUGGCCCUCCUGGUGGGCAUUGAGAUCCAUGUCAACGUAGAGUUCAAGGGUCUUAUCGAGCCCCCAGAAGAUCAAGAGACUGAAAGGAUAGGCUGGAGGGCUGAGGUCCACCCCAGGACACACCCUGUCAACGAGCUGGAGUUUGAUGUCAUUGUCGGAGCAGAUGGAAGGAGAAACACGCUACCAGGGUUUCCACGUAAGGAGUUCAGGGGCAAGCUUGCCAUCGCCAUCACCGCUAACUUCAUCAACAGGAACACGUCGGCGGAGGCCAAGGUUGAGGAGAUCAGCGGGGUGGCCUUCAUCUUCAACCAGAAGUUCUUUCAAGACCUCAGAGAAGCCACAGGUGUUGACCUGGAAAACAUCGUCUACUACAAGGAUGACACGCACUACUUUGUGAUGACUGCCAAAAAACAGAGCCUGUUGGAGAAAGGAGUCAUUCUGCAUGACUACGCAGACACGGAGCUGCUGCUGUCCAGGGCCAACGUGGACCAGGCUGCCCUGCUGUCUUACGCCUGCGAGGCUGCAGAUUUCUCCACCAACCACCAGCUGCCCACACUGGACUUCGCCAUCAACCACUACGGCCAGCCCGACGUAGCCAUGUUCGACUUCACCUGCAUGUACGCUUCAGAGAACGCCGCCAUGGUGCGCCAACGCCAUGGCCACGAGCUGCUGGUGGCGCUCGUGGGCGACAGCCUGUUGGAGCCCUUCUGGCCCAUGGGCACUGGUAUCGCCCGCGGGUUCCUGGCUGCCAUAGACUCCGGCUGGAUGGUGAGGAGCUGGGCUCAGGGAAAAACCUCUCUUGAGGUUCUAGCUGAGAGGGAGAGUAUAUACCGCCUACUGCCCCAAACCACUACAGAAAACAUCAGUAAGAACUUCAGUCAUUACAGCGUGGAUCCAACCACGCGUUACCCCAACAUUAACCUUAACUUCCUCAAGCCUAUGCAGGUGAGGCACCUCUGCGACACAGGGGAGUCAAGGGAAAUGCGCAUCGAAAUUGAGAAUGUGAUCAACUCGUCGACACCGAAGUUGGCCAGGAAUGACAAUUGCCUGCUUGACAAGCAGUUGCAAGAAUCCGUAGCUCGAUCCAGUAAGCUGCUGAACUGGUGCCAGAGACAAACGGAGGGAUACAGGAAUGUUAAAGUAACUGACCUUACGAUGUCCUGGAAGAGCGGUCUGGCCCUGUGCGCCCUCAUUGACCGAUACCGACCGGACCUCAUUGACUUCGAUUCCCUGGAUGAGCGAGACCAGGAGAAGAACAACCAGUUGGGUUUCGACGUGGCAGAGAGGGAAUUUGUCAUCUCGCCCUGCAUGACGGGCAAGGAGAUGUCUUCCGUGGUAGAGCCGGACAAACUCUCCAUGGUCAUGUACCUCAGCCAGUUCUAUGAGAUGUUUAAGGACACAGUGCCACCCGGAGAUAACCACAACUUGAGUCCCGAGGAGAAGGCGGCGCUGAUAUCCAGCACGAAAUCCCCCAUCUCCUUCCUCAGCAAGCUUGGUCAGAGCAUAGCAAUAUCCAGGAAACGAAAUCCAAAGGACAAAAAGGAGAAGGAUGUGGACGGUUUGGGGAAGAGAAGGAAAACCAGCCAGUCUGAAGAUGAGGAGGUAUCCAGGACCGGUCGUGACGACAGGCCGUCUGUCCCGGCUGUCCUGUCAGAGAGAAAAAUGGACUCCUGCGCUGUGGGGAACCACAACAAAGUCAAAGUCAUGGCCACCCAGCUGAUCGCCAAGUUUGAGGAGAACGCUCCGCAGCCUACGGGACUCAAGCGACAGGGGGAGUCUCUGCCCAAUCUGGAUCGCCUUUUUCCCCUUACCCUGCCCCAAACCCCUGUGAAUGAGCCUGUGCGCCUGGCACCUGUCCCGGCAUGGAGAAAGGCCAGAAGUGGUGCAGAGCAAGUGUCCAUCUCGGGCUCUCGGAGCUGCCCAAAGAAAACCAUUCUGCUCCCUUCUUCCUCCUCCACUUCUUCGCUCUCUCUGCACUCAGAGGGCUCACUCAGAAAAGAGUUCCCCGUCAACAUCGGUGGCAGCGAUGUGUGCUUCUUCUGCCGAAAGCGCGUGUACGUGAUGGAGAGGCUGAGCGCAGAGGGGAAGUUCUUCCAUCGCAGCUGCUUCAAGUGUGAAUACUGUAGCACCACACUACGACUGUCCUCCUACGCCUUCGAUGUGGAAGACGGGAAAUUUUACUGCAAGCCCCACUACUGCUACCGUCUGUCUGGCUACGCUCAGAGAAAGAGGCCUGCUCCCUCCCCGACUCCAGUCACUGCUAAGGAGAACCAGGCGCCCCAAACUCCUACGGCGACCGUGGACGCCCCCGGCAGGGCGAUGGCUGCUGCAGCGCCCUCGGCCGAGCUCCAGCCCUCAGUACCGGUGGUCAACGGACUGCAGGAGCCCAGCCUAGCUAAACGUCUGCGGGGAACUCCAGAGCGCAUCGAGUUGGAGAACUACCGUCUGUCCCUGCAGAGGGAGGAGGAGCUCGAGGAGGUGCCAGAGGAGACUCUGGCAGAACACAACCUCAGCAGUGUGCUGGACAAGGCCACAAACGCCGACCUGGGCUCCAGUAGCUCAGAGUCAGACAUGGAGGAGGAGGACGAGCAGGAGGAUCAGGAUCUGGAGGAGGGGGAACAGCAGCCUCUCAGCCCUUCGGACCUGGGCGGUGUUCCCUGGAGGGAGGCGGUGGAGCUCCACGCCAAGCUGAGAGGCGACGAGGGGGAGGCUCUGGCCGAUGCCGUCAGCAGAGACGGGGAAGUAGACGAAGACGAUGAAGAGUACGAGGAGGACGAUGAGGACGAAGAGGAUGAGGAGUCAAGUGAUGAGGGGGACUACUGCCCAUGGGACAGAGAGCUCCAGUCAGGCCUUUGGCUGGAGAAGCACCUCACAGACGAAGACGAUGUUGGUACAUUCAAAGCCAGGAACCUACUGAUCCAACAAGUCCUGCAGCCGGUGGAUCCCCAGGCCAUUCCAGGUUUGGUGAGAACCCACCUGGACUCUGAGGGAGACAAGGAGGGCCAGCUGGCCUCAGCCUCCCAACUCUCCCAGCCCUCCUCCACAGAGCCCGGUGAGGAUGACGAUUUGGAAGCGGAAGCAGACAGUCCAGAUGUUGAGCCCGGCACCGAGAUGGAUGAGGAUGACAUCCCUUCAGAUGCAGAAGCUGAGGCUCGUUUGCACCAGUCGGAGCGUGAAGUGCUCCCCGAGGAAGACAGGAAAUCACAAAGUCUGAAAAUGGCCUCCAGUAUUGAGCCAUCCAGCGUCAGCCCCGUGCAGAAAGAAGAGUUUUUUCUUUCCUCACUCAAACCGUCUCCAGAGCCUGAACCACAGAUAACGCCGGUGAAGUCUCCUGGCACACGCUUUUUCCCAGAACCGUUCAUACCCGAGGAAAGGAAGACUGAGGGCUCAACUCCUUCUCUAGCCGCCAAGAGCCCACUGUGCCCUUCACCUGCUCCAGUCCAGCAUCCUUCCUCUGUCCCUUCUCCUACUGCUUCCCCUGUCAACCUCCCUGCCUCAUCUCCCCUAAGUUCACUCACCAAAUCACCCAUCAACUCUCCAGUCGUCGAGUCACCGGUCAGAUCGCCCAUCGGACCCUCAGACAAGUCACCCGCUGGCUCCCCGAUCCGCUCUCAGCCCACCCCCCUACCAGAGACUUGCACACCUAAAUCUCCUGUCUACCCUCACCGCUCUAUUUGCCCUCUCACGGGCAACCCCCUCUCCCCAAUCUGUGCUCAGCCAUUGCCCUGCCAGGAACCCUCGUCGCCCCUCACCUCCGACUCUCCCGUCAGAACUCAGCCCAUCCCCGGCGUCACUUCGACGCCCGUGACCAAAACAGACCGGGGCACGCCUGAAGCCUCGAAGUCCAUAAAUUCCUCGACAGAGGAAACUCCAUCUAAAAAGACCGAUAUCAUUGAGGAGUUUUGGUUGAAGAGUGCCGAGAUCAGGAAGAGCCUCGGUCUGACUCCUUUGGACCGCAGUAGUAAAAUCCUGGAGAAGAGUGUCGUUAUUGCUCCAGCGCAGGACUCCACCCCCGUCACGACUCGGUCUCCAGAUGUGCCAGAGGAGCAGAAGCCUGCUUUCACUGGCCGAGCUGUCAUCCGCAGACUCAACAUCACUCUUGAAGGUCAGGUCAUCACCCCCAUUGCUCCUGCGGAGCCCAAGAGUAACGGCUCUGAUAGGAGGGACCUCAGCAGCAGCUCUGGUUUGGGGCUGAAUGGGAGCAUGGCCACGAGCCAGACGGCAAACAGUGACGGCUACAACACGUCCGACUCCGUCAUGCUCACCCCGCCCUCCAGCCCGCCACCACCUGUGCCUGCUAAUCAGUCUCCAGCCGUGUUCAGGCAGCAGAGACAUCAGGUGUGCUGGAGCAACGGAACAGAAAUACCUCCAUCCGAGCGUGCCAAAGAGCCGGCAAAAACCAAGAGUCCUGUUCCCGCACCGAGGACCCAGCUGAGCCCCGUGUCUGCACCAAAACCCGUGCCCAGGAAGGUCCAAUCGCCUCAGGCAGCUCCAGAAACGACUCCAGUGGUCGUCAUGAGGGAGAAGAAGAAGCCACGGCCGCAGGAAGUGAGGAAGUCGUUCGUGGAGACGGUGGAGGAGAUUCCGUUUGCCGAUGACGUGGAGGAGUCCUAUGACGAGCGGACGCCAGAAACGAGCAUGAACAGGUACUAUACUCCACCCACCAGCAAGUCCAGCAGGGAAAGACCUCCGCUGCAUCUGGCUCUAGCAAUGGAAAACGGUAAACCCAAUAUCCCUGUCAACCAAGCCCUAAAGAACCAGAGGGCAACUCAAUUCUCCCCAGAGGCCAAGGAGAUCGCAGAGGAGAGGAUGAAGGCCAGAGAAAAGUCCGUUAAGAGCCAGGCUUUGAAAGACGCCAUGGCCAAGCAGCUAAAUAAAAUGAAAGAGUCUGAAAUAGACAAGGGUGCCUCACCUAAAGCGGCCUGGAGCGUAACCCCAGAUGUUGCCGGAAAAAGUAAAAAGUCCGGCGGAUCUCCAAAGACGUCAGCCGUGAAAGCUCUGGAGUCGAAGAAGGCAGAGACUUUACCCGAGCGUUUCUUCAGCAGCAACAAGAGUCUGGACAGCUCGGUGGCUUCGUCGGACGGCUCCUCCGCGAGUAAGAGCAAGAAACGAAGUUCACUCUUCUCGCCGCGCAAGAAUAAGAAGGAGAAAAAAGCCAAGAACGACAGCAGCAGGCCCUCCGGCACAGACGAGACCCCGCCCAAACACAAGUCACUGUGGAAGGCUGUCUUCUCGGGGUACAAGAAGGACAAAAAGAAGAAGGAAGAUAAAUCUUGUCCGAGCACGCCAUCCUCCAGCUCCACCACUCAGGACUCUGGGAAGAAGAAAACGUCUCCUAUUGGGAGAUCAUCGGACUUGAAAUCACGCAGAAACUUGAGCUUCUCCGAGGAGUCAGACCUGUCCUGUGAUGAUGUUCUGGAGAGGUCCUCCCAGAAGUCAAAGGCAGAUUCUGUUUAUGUUCCUCACGCACUGGCGUUCAAGAGAUCAUACGCCACAAAGAAAACCUACACAGAGGAAGAACUGAAUGCCAAGCUGACACGAAGGGUCCAGAAAGCUGCACGACGGCAAGCCAAGCAGGAGGAGCUCAAGAGGCUGCACAGAGCCCAGAUCAUCCAGAGACAGCUGGAGCAGGUGGAGGAGAAGCAGAGGCAGCUGGAAGAGAGGGGCGUGGCUGUGGAGAAAGCUUUGAGAGGAGAAGCAGGAUUGUAUAAAGGUACUUAUACAUUACCCAAACAGCACAAAAGAAGAUCAGACUAUUGGGGAGAUUCUAAUUACAGUGAAAUCCUGGACUUGCAUCUGGGCGUUGAGCCCUUUGUGGGGAUGCCACGCCGAAGACCUGUCUCCUUCUGCCCCUGCUGGUCCCCUGAAGGCAUGGGCAAGAAGGACGAUCCCAAGCUAAUGCAAGAGUGGUUCAAGCUGGUGCAGGAGAAAAAUGCCCUGGUCCGCUAUGAGUCCGAACUCAUGAUAUUUGCCAGAGAGCUGGAGCUGGAGGACCGACAGAGCCGACUGCAGCAGGAACUCAGGGAGCGAAUGGCUGUAGAAGACAACCUGAAGACGGAGAAGGAGCUCAGUCAGGAGAAGCAGAUCUUGAACGAGAUGUUGGAGGUGGUGGAGCAGCGCGAUGCCCUGGUGGCCCUCCUGGAUGAGCAGAGGCUUCGGGAGAAGGAGGAGGACAAGGACCUGGAGGGCGUUAUGCUCUCCAAAGGCUUCAACCUCAACUGGGUUUAAGAGGAGUGAAAUAAUUGCUCAUCAAAAAAAAAAAAAAAAAAAGUUGGCUCGGGAUCAGCGUUCUCUGCCUCACAUGGUCACCUUUGAUCAGAAUGGUCUGCUGAACAUCUGCAGCAGUGAAUGUGUAAAGAUUCCCCCAACACACACACUCAAACUCUACGACUGCCUCUGGCAUCGACGCAGUCCGCAACUUUUACAUAAAGCAGUCCCAGUUAAUCACUUUGCAGUUUUGCUUUCCCUCCCUGGAGAGGCCGAGUACAUUCACAGCUUUAUCAUCCUGGCCUUGAAGUGGAUCCUCUCAAACGGAGAGGGGGCUUCGGGAGAAAUUUUAAAGACUUUGUUCCAUUCUCGAUUAUCUAAAGGGAAGAAUGCAGUUUGGUCCUGCUGAUGUAAAGAAUUGUGUUUUUUGUGUAUAGUUGUGUAGAACAAGUCACAUUUUUCGGCGGAUGAGGGUCCUCCUCUUUUUUCCGAAAAAGGACCGCUACAGAGGUGUGUUUGAACGCUGGAGGGAUGUCUCCAGUGUCUCAGAUUACCCUUCUCAGUCCGAUUGUAGGACGAACAUCCUCUGCUGAAGCUGCCUUUCGAUCCAGAGACUUCUGCAUCCUUAUGAACCAUAAAAGGCUCCCCCCCAAGAUGGCCAUGUUUUUUUAUGUAUUUAUUACCUUUGUUUGCUUUUAACAGAUACACAUUUUUGUGUUGUUUUGCAUUCACAGGAGAGUGCCCACAGUCUCAUUAUCCUGCACUUGUGCAUGAUUUAGAUGCACCCAUAAGCCAUUGCAUGUCAGGAAUGAAGGCUGCAGGCACAUAGAAUACCUUUCCCUUCUCUUUUAUCGCCAGGACAUAGAAUACAGACUUACUCUAUAUGAACACUUAAGCAUUUCACGUGACUCGAUAAUGAUGGGCCUCUCCUUGACAUGCUGUUCUACUGUAUAUCACACCGACUGUUAAUGUUUACAAUUACUUGUCCAUAGUCGAGAUUUGGAUGUUUAUGAUUCCCACAAUGGUAAACGGUAGCGGCGUAAACCAACUGUUGAAUGGAUUCAUCUUUGAAGGAACUCUGUCCUCGAGUUUAGAUGCGUUUCCUACCGAGUGCGUCAACGUCGGGAUAUCAUUAUUAAAGCCGAUUUCACUGUUAAUGUGAGAUCAGCAUAGCUCACAUUACUCAUUUCGUGCCACCUGACUGUCUCUGUCGGUAGAUGUGCUGCAGUAUCUGAGGAGUACACCACAAGGACUUUCACACUAUACGCCAUUUUCAUCAUUAUAUGGCAGUGUUAAUACUUUACCCUUGAACAAGAUGCCUUUUUAAUUUUCAUUCUCUAUAGUAAAGUUAUAUUUUAUUUUUCUGAGUUGACUUGUUUUUGAGGUAGUCACAUAUGUGUAUCCCACUGGAACUCAAGAUUUUUACCUGUCUUUUAUUUUUCAAACACUUUUAUACAGCAGGUCCCCAAACAAACAAAUGGAUGAUUUUAAAAUGGGGCCGCUGAAGAAAUGCAAAGUGCUUCAUGAGCAACUGGCAUCAAACAGGAACAUUAUGGUUUAUCUGGUGGUUAGUCAAAUCUGUUAGCCUUUUUGACAACUGUAAAAUUCCAGGUGGUCACUGUUUUAGAGCACAGAAACACUAGAGGCUAUAUUUAUGACUUGGUAUGACAUGUGAAUAAAAAAAAAAGUGAUAUCAUUUUAAGGGUUGUUGCUUUAGAUGAUGUUUGACAUGAUUGUAUUGAUAUUUAUUAACACGUGUGCAAACUGUAUUAUAUGUAAAGAAAAUGAAUCCUAAUUUUUAAACUGUUCUGUUGACUCAUGACUUGUAAUGUAAGUGCUUCAUGUAGCUAAAUGCAUAGGGGUGUUGGAUGUAUGCUGAAAAUGGCAAUAAAACAAUGCAGUUCUUUUAAA